GUGGUGGGAAAGUGAACGAAGCCGGAAUCGAAGCAUCGCGUCCUGAGGCAGGUGGGCUACCUGCGGAAACAGGGAAGGCCAGCAUCUGCAAUAGGGCCUUACUCGGAGGCCGGCGAAUCAGCAACUGCAGAAACAGGCAUCAGCAGAGAGGGAAUGGUGCUGGGAGGCGCCGAGAAGGAGGCGCAGUCCGUCCCUCUCAGGGUUAGUGAAUGAGGCUCUCCGCCCGGGCCGGCCCGGGGACUGUGCGCUGUGGGUCCCAAGCAUGAGUGCGGGCCCCGGCUGUGAGCCCUGUACCAAGCGACCCCGCUGGGGCGCCGCUACAACUUCUCCGCCGGCUGCCUUGGACUCCCGGAGCUUCCCCGGCAGGCAGAGGCGCGUCCUCGACCCCAAGGACGCUCCAGUACAGUUCAGGGUCCCACCGUUCUCUCCAGGCUGCGUUCCUGGACGGGCGAGACCGCACAGAGGCGGCGCCACUUCGCUUGUUUUCAAACAAAAGACUAUUACCAGUUGGAUGGACACGAGAGGAAUCAAGACAGCUGAAUCAGAAAGUUUGCAUAGUAAAGAAAACAACAAUACAAGGAUAGAAUCCAUGAUGAGUUCUGUACAAAAAGAUAACUUUUACCAACGUAACAUGGAAAAAUUAGAAAAUGUUUCUCAGCUAAGUCAUGAUAAAUCACCCAUUGAAAAAAGCACACAGUAUCUGAACCAACAUCAGACUGCAGCUGUGGUUAAGUGGCAGAAUGAAGGGAAACACACAGAGCAGCUUUUGGAAAGUGAACCUUCAACAGUGACUCUGGUACCAGAGCAAUACAGUAAUGCUAACAUCAAUCAGUCACCCCAAAUUGAUGAUCACAGUGACACAGAUAGUGAAGAAAAUAGAGAUAAUCAACAAUUUCUGACACCUGUAAAGCUUGCAAAUGCAAAACAGACUUCAGAAGAUGAGCAGGCCAGAGAAGCCAGAAACCAACAGAAGUGUAGCAAGACUUGCCAUCCUGUGGAAGACUGUGCAGGUUGUCAGCAGGAGGAGAUAGAUGUGGUGCCAGAGAGCCCAUUGUCAGAUGUUGGUUCUGAGGAUGUUAUAACUGGACCUAGAAAUGACAAGUUGAGUAGAAAAGAAAGUAGCCUGGGAAAUUCUCCAUUUGAGAAGGAGAGUGAACCUGAGUCACCGAUGGAUGUAGAUAAUUCCAAAAAUAGUUGUCAAGACUCAGAAGCAGAUGAAGAGACAAGUCCAGGUUUUGAUGAACAGGAAGAUGGUACUUCCUCCCAAACAUCAAAUAAACCUUCAAGGUUCCAAGCAAGAGAAGCUGACAGUGAACUUAGGAAACGACAUACUAAUAAGGGAGGUGAAAUUAGAUUGCAUUUUCAAUUUGAAGGAGGAGAGAAUCGCACGGGGAUGAGUGAUUUAAAUGCCAGACCACCUGGAAAUACUUCUAGCCUUAAUGUAGAAUGCAGAAAUUCCAAGCAGCAUGGAAAAAAGGAUUCUAAAAUCACUGAUCAUUUCAUGAGAAUGCCUAAAGCAGAGGACAGAAGAAAAGAACAGUGUGAAGUCAAACAUCAGAGAACAGAAAGGAAGAUCCUUAAAUACGUUCCACCUCACCUUUCUCCAGAUAAGAAGUGGCUUGGAACACCUAUUGAGGAGAUGAGAAGAAUGCCUCAGUGUGGGAUCCGGCUGCCUCUCUUGAGGCCAUCUGCCAGUCACACUGUAACUAUUCGGGUAGAUCUUUUACGAGCAGGAGAAGUUCCUAAACCUUUUCCUACACAUUAUAAAGAUUUGUGGGAUAACAAGCAUGUUAAAAUGCCUUGUUCCGAACAAAAUUUGUACCCUGUAGAAGAUGAGAAUGGUGAGCGAACUGCAGGGAGUCGGUGGGAGCUCAUUCAGACUGCACUUCUCAACAAAUUCACACGACCCCAAAAUCUGAAGGAUGCUAUUCUGAAAUACAAUGUGGCAUAUUCUAAGAAAUGGGACUUUACAGCUUUGGCUGAUUUCUGGGAUAAGGUACUCGAAGAAGCAGAAGCUCAACAUUUAUACCAGUCCAUUUUGCCUGAUAUGGUGAAAAUAGCACUCUGUCUGCCAAAUAUUUGCACUCAGCCAAUACCGCUCCUGAAACAGAAGAUGAAUCAUUCCAUCACAAUGUCACAGGAACAGAUUGCCAGUCUUUUAGCUAAUGCUUUUUUCUGCACAUUUCCCCGACGAAAUGCUAAAAUGAAAUCGGAGUAUUCUAGUUACCCAGACAUUAACUUCAAUCGGUUGUUUGAAGGACGUUCAUCAAGGAAACCAGAGAAGCUUAAAACACUUUUCUGUUACUUUCGAAGAGUCACAGAGAAAAAACCUACUGGGUUGGUGACAUUUACAAGACAGAGUCUUGAAGAUUUUCCUGAAUGGGAAAGAUGUGACAAACCCCUGACACGAUUGCAUGUUACUUAUGAAGGUACCAUAGAAGGAAAUGGACAAGGCAUGCUACAGGUGGAUUUUGCAAAUCGUUUUGUUGGAGGUGGAGUAACCAGUGCAGGACUUGUACAAGAAGAAAUCCGCUUUUUAAUCAAUCCUGAGUUGAUUGUUUCACGACUCUUCACUGAGGUGCUGGAUCACAAUGAAUGUCUUAUUAUCACAGGUACUGAACAGUACAGUGAAUACAUUGGUUAUGCUGAAACAUACCGUUGGGCCCGGAGCCAUGAGGAUGGGAGUGAAAGGGAUGACUGGCAGCGACGCUGCACGGAGAUCGUUGCCAUUGAUGCACUUCACUUCAGACGCUACCUCGAUCAGUUUGUGCCUGAGAAAAUGAGACGUGAGCUUAACAAGGCUUAUUGUGGAUUUCUGCGUCCUGGAGUUCCUUCAGAGAAUCUUUCUGCUGUGGCCACAGGAAACUGGGGUUGUGGUGCCUUUGGAGGUGAUGCUAGAUUAAAAGCUUUAAUACAGAUACUGGCAGCUGCAGCAGCUGAACGAGAUGUGGUUUAUUUUACCUUUGGGGACUCAGAAUUGAUGAGAGACAUUUAUAGUAUGCACACUUGCCUUACUGAGAGGAAACUGACUGUUGGAGAUGUGUAUAAGCUAUUGCUACGAUACUACAAUGAAGAAUGCAGAAACUGUUCCACCCCUGGACCAGACAUCAAGCUUUAUCCAUUCAUAUACCAUGCUGUUGAGUCCUGUGCAGAGACUGUCGACCAGCCAGGACAAAAGACAGGGACUUGAGAAGCCAAGUGAACAGAAUCCCACUGCUCAGAGACAUCCUGUUUGAAUUGUCAGGUGUAAUAUAUAAAAUGACUUAAGUUAAUAUAAGUGUGUAUAUAAUCUACAUUUGUAGUCAAGGAUGUGAUCCCUUCUAAACAUAUGCAAUUGUCAGUUUGUACAUUUAAGCUUCCUCCAUCCUGACUUAUGCAGUCUUGGAUUGUUUAUCUUUCCAUUUUCUUCUGUUUCAGUUUUCAUUCUUUGAUUUGUCUUUCUUUUGCCCAUCAGAUUUCUUGUAAAAAUCUCCAUGAAAGGCUGUGCUCAGCUGUCAGGUCUCUCUCUUCGUGGAUGUGUAUUAUACAAAUUCUUUCUGCAGCUAGCAGGUGCCAGUGAGCCUGGGAAAAAGUCAAAAUUCAGGAAUCUUUGUAACAGAAUUUGCUACAAAUCUCCCUGUGAGCCUUUCAUCCCAACACUAACAAACUUACAUUGUUUGAAUUUUUGAAGAUUAAUGAUUGUUUUUUUCAUACAUGUUACAUAGUGCACAUAUCCUAUGUUGUUCCUUAUUUAAGACAGAAUAAUUUCCAGAAGUUGUUCUUUUAAUACAUCAGCUUUUAUCUAUAUGGUUUGUCUUUUUUCUCCUGAUCAGUUUUUAUUGACACUAUUUCUAGAAACUGACCAAGAUGAAAGGCAAUGUAGAAUAAAAGAGUUUCCCUCAUAUGGUGUGAUGAAAACAGAUUCAAGAGAGUAGAAGGGGGUUUUGUUUGUUUGUUUCUUAAGUUUUUUUUUUUUUUUUUUAAUUAGGAUCAAUGUUUGUUCUGUGGUGCUUGAGGCAUAUUCAUAUAACCAAAGUUUGGGAACUAGAAACUUCAUGCUAAUUUGUACAUAUUGAAGUUUCUGUGGUAUUCAAAGGUUAUAUAGUUAAUAAUUUUUCAUUAAUAAAUCAUUUGUCAAAAACUCCCAUAUCAUCUAUAUUUUAUAUAUUAUAUACACAUGAUCUUUAGGUGUUUCUAUGUGGAAUACAUAAAAUCCAAAUAAAACUGGGGAAAAUGAUUAGUUUUAAGCUUUAUCAGGGCUGUGUUUAAAAUCAUAGUUCACAAUUUUGUUCUUUAAAAAGUGGUAACAAACAUAAAUAAUGAUGUCUUUAGAAGAUUAAACUGAAAACCAAAGUCAGUCUUCUGCUGAGGAGAGUUUAAUCUCAAAAGCACUUAUUUUGAUUUCCAAAAUAGUCCUAAACUACAGUGUUGUUCUGGUUUACAGUCAGUUAUCAGGAAAAACCCAUGGAGAUCAAAUUCUAUUAUAAUAAGCUUCAGUAGAUGACCUUAACUCCUGUUAUCAGUACUAGAAGGAAAAAAUUAAGGCCUGGGCCAGUAACUCCUCCUCCUCCUUCUUUCUUCUUUGUUUGUUUGUUUGGAAACAGGUCUCAGACUGGUCUUAAACUCAAGAUCAUCUUGCCUUAGCCUCCUGAGAGCUGGGAUUACAAGUGUAUAACUCUUUAUGUUUGUAUAGAGAUUGAUAAGAUAAUAGGAUUUGGCACCUGAUGGCAAACACUUGUCAUUGAUGAAGCUGUUUAUCAUGUAACUAAGAUUUUUAAUCAUCUCCUAGAUUUGAAGGUGUCUGACUCUAUUUCUGCUGAUACUGAAGUCUCUUUCCCAACCUAAUCUGUGCUUUGAUUAAGCAUUUAUGGUUAUAUUUCCUUUCCUCAUUUUUCUAUCCUUAUACUCUUCUCCUCUUAGUCCUAUAAGCAAGCAGUUGUUUAAAGUGUUUUCAUGAACAGUGUUUUCUGGUUCUUGUAGUAGAGAAAUUAUGGAUCCAGGUUAGAAGACCACCCAGCUCAGUAUUCCAGAACGUAGAAGCAGAUAUUUAGCUCUUGGUACUGUAUAGGGGUAGUGAUGGGGCCAUCUACUAACUGCUUUGCCUCUCUUGCUGUUAAGAGGUUUCCAAAAAUGAAAACUGACCAGUUCUUUAUCCCAGUAUGCCCUGACAGUGGGGCAACUUAAUCAGAGGGAACAUAACAGAGUGCAUGCCAGACUUUUUGAUGGGGGAAGAAAGUACAACAAAUGUAAUUACUUUGUUGUUAAGGGUCAUCUGCAAAAAGGAAGAAAUUAAUGUCUCCUUAACAUUUGUAUCUAUUCUGAGAUGUUUAACAAUUAUCGUUUUACUCUCUUUUAUACAGGGUUUAUUGUUUUCAUUUGUUACUUCUUUUUUCAUCUAGAAAUCUUAGGUUUUUAAUAAAGCUUACUUUUCAAUUUUUAACUAACUUACUCAGAUCUAUAAUAGCAGUUUAACAAAACAAUGUUUAGUAAUGGAAAGGACAUGAGAUUUCUAAUUCAGGAAAAUUGGGUUCAAAUGCUGGCCGUAUGUUUAGUUAAUAUUUUAACCUUGUUUAAAUAAAUUGAUAUCUCGCCUAACUUAGGUAGAAAAUGGACUAAUAGCACCUACUGGGAAAUAAAACAGUAACACUGAACACAUACUUUGAACACACAAUUGUGUUCAAAAAUACCACAGUUGACCAGGAAACAUAAUGGAGUACCUAUUGUAUGUUAACCACUCUACUAAUUGUUCUACAUAUUUUAGUCUAUUUUUCCAGCGAGUAACAGAUGCCCAGAAGUUAGGGGAUGUAGAACAAGCUCAACCUGAAGGAAUUCAUAUGGAAAAGGGACCUACUCUGUCAUCUGUGGGGAUCUAAUACAGAAAAGGCCCUGACACCCUUGUUAUCUCGCAAGGUCCUGGUACAAGUUAAAUAUCCCUUAUUGAAAUACUUGGGACCAGAAGAGGUUUGGAUUCUAGAUUUGUUUUCAGAUUUUGGAAUAUUUGUGUACAAAAUGAGAUGACUUUGGAAUGAGGCCCAAGUCUAAAUGCAAAAUUUAUUUACGUUUCAUAUAUACACAUGACCUGACAGUCAAUCUUACACAUUUUUCGUGCACCUUCACUUUGGGGCUUGUCACAAAAAGUCAUAUGUGGCAUUUACCACUUGGGGUGUCGUGUCAGUACUGAGAAAGUUUCAGAUUUUGGAGCAUUUGAGAUUUCCAAUUUUCACAUUAGGGGUUCUUAACCUGUGUAGUUUAUUCUUCAUUAUGAAUAACUUGUUAUUAGUUGGGUACAUGCAGUUGUUUCCAGAAGGAUUGUCUCUUGUUGCUGGUUAUAGAGGCAUUUAGAGAAGGCAUACUCAAACCGGUAUUUAAAAGGGAAAUUGAAAAAGGAGAUCUUACCUUAAUGAGCACAGUGAUUAUUAUGCCAUGUACUUCUCUUUAGUAUAUAUUGCUCUGGAAAUCAAAUGUGGUUAAGCUGUCUCACUCCAGAAUAUAUUGAGCAAAAAGUUAGUUGGAUCACAUUUUUGGAAAACUUCCUCAACAGGAAGAGACAUGGCUGCAUAGAUUUUUCACCUAUGUUCUUCCCCUUUCUUCAGUCUGUGUGGCUGCAUGUUCAUUUUUUUUAUUUUAUUUUGUUUUUUAAUCUGAUUCAAGGAAGACAAUCUCAUGUAGCAACUUGUAAAGAUAAGUAAAGAUUGAGAGGGCCUAUACUUCCUUCUCUCAAACCUCUGAAUACCUCCCAUCCCUUUGUUUGCAGGGAAGAACAAGUCUAGUCAUUGCUGGAACAUGAUUAGUUCAGAAUAUUAAUCCUGUCCUUUUUUUGGGGGAAAGGGGACAUUCCAAAGUGAUACUUGCUAGAACAAACAGCUAAGAUCCACUGACUCACUACUGUCCUUUGUCCCAGUAGCAAAAUGUCCUGAGUCCCUGCUCACCAGAUACACACAGAUCAAUUGUACCUUCAAAUGGAAGGUUUCCCAGACAAGACAGCAAAGCUGUAUAUGUUCAUCUUGUAAUUGGCUUUAUUGCUCCUGACUUUAUUUUAAAUGUAAGAUUAAUGUGUCAUGAUGAUUCUGGAUUUAGGCAUAAGGAGAAGUCUGUACUGAUGUUUACAUGAUUUUGCAGGAAGAGAAUAAAGAAAUUUGGA